AUGGCGUCCCACUGUUUGAAUAUGAAGGCAGCCUUCGGGUUUAAUAAGGAUCUCAUGGGUGGCGUGCAUUCUCUGUUUGAUGAGACUCGAGAAGCCAUUCUUUUUCCCUCCUCUCACACACUUGUUUACCAUGACUGCAGAAACGGAUCCCAGCGCUUUCUUCAAGGCCACUCUAAUAUGAUCUCUGCUGUGUGCGUCUCCAAUGAUAAACGGUGGAUUGUUUCGGCCGAUUUUGGGGGAAAGGAUACGAUGAUCAUAGUCUGGGAGUCUAAGACCCUUCUCCCCGUUCGGACAAUAGUGGAUCAAGUUCCUGGAGGUGUAAUCCGGAUGGAUCUUUCCGAUGACGGCGCUCUUCUCGCAGUUUUGUCCGGUGCCACUCCAAAUGCCGCCAAAGUUAUGAGCCAAUCUCUCUUUCUCUUUGAGUGGUCCAACCCAGAUGAGCGCCCUGUAGUUUCGGUAGAAAUUCCUCCUCAGCUAGGGUUUCAGCGAGAUGUGCGGUUUAAUCCUUGUGAUUACCGUGAAAUAGUCACUAACUCUGCUUAUCGGACUGUGUUCUGGUUGUGGGAAGAGCAGCUUGUUGACAAGGACUUGAUCAACGUGCUGAGCUACCACUCACCAGACAUUCACGUAGGAGACUUCAAGGCUUUACCUUCUGUGUUCACUGUAAGUUGCUUUCUACCCGGCACAACAGCAGCACUCACAGGCACUGUUGCUGGAGAGGUGGUUCUCUACGAUGUCAACGGAAGAGCAUUUUCAGACGGGUUAACCGGGAAUGCGCCAGUGCGUCGCGUGCCCAUUAAGCUCUUAACACUCCAUGCCAGCUCUGGAAAUGUUCAGGCGAUAGCUGCUAACGAUGAGAUCAUGGAAAAAGACGAGACUGUCAUAGCAGAAAGUUACACAGCAUCGGGGGAGUUUGGAACUACUCCGUUCUUGGUUCCUGGGCAGCCGUUCUUUCAGGCGCUAGUGAGCAACAACAAAAUGAAUCAGCGCGCUGCCUUUUACAAAUACUUAACAGCGGCUCAGCAAGCUGCAGGUCAGAUGACCACUUCUCCAACCGCAGCCUUUGCUCAGGCCAUCACUUUUAUCUGUGCUCGCUCAGAUGGAUUUAUAAUCACAGGAGGCCUUGAUGGGUGUGUACGGAUGUUUGACUUUCGUUUGCGCCUUCUAUCGUGGUAUGAAAAUCUUGCAUGCGGACCAAUCACAUCUGUCUCCAUUGCAAUGCCCCAGCAUUCAUCAAAUAAGGAUGGCUUCCAAGGAGGAGAUGCCGACAUAAGCAUUUCUGCAGUGGCUCUCUUGCCUGGCGCAACACCACGGGAAUAUGCCAGUAAGUCUGAAGCGCUCCACGCCAAGUUUGGUAGCGUCGUUUUAAGAGACUUUAUUGUUGGAACUAGUAGAGGCUCUAUUGUACUGGUUCCAGCUGCUCUCUUCGAGUUUGUCGAGCCUAGCAAACGACGAGGGACAUUACUCUACCAAGGCAUACCACAUGCUACAUCGUGCACCUAUACGCCUCGAGACACGCGAGAUCUCCCCAUAAGGCUUAACUACAAUCUGAAAACUCAGGCAUCGUUGCCUCUUUCAUGGGUGGCGACGAUGAGGGGAGACAUGUUGCUAUUUGACUUUACUAGCAAUAAGAUCCUUCGGUCCAUUUCGCUGGCUGGUCACAUCGCAGCGACAGAAUCUGGCAGCAAACGCUUGUCGGGGACUCUUGCCCAACGCCACGCAGAGGGCUAUGAGCAGGCGUGCUACUUAGUUCCUGAACACCCUCUGGCGCCUCUCAAGACGCAGUCGUAUGCACAUAUCACAGCACUUUCUCUCUUCUGUCCUGCAGACGCUAGCAGACCCGUGCUACUUGCUGGGACUUCGGUAGGUAGCUGUUUGUUGAUGGAUCCGUUCACUCUCCAGGUAUUAAGCACGUUUCGGCAUCUCAGCCGGACAAAGACCAUACCGCUCUUGUGCCCAUUCUUGAAAAGGAAGUCUAUCUCGAUUCCUGCCCAAAUAACCUACGUAAAGUUUUCAAGAGAAGGCGACAUAAUCGCUGUACUAGAUGAAACGUCCUUCCUUACGCUCCUGACAAAGUCAAUAUCAGAUGAACCGGCAAAAGAUCUAACGACAGGAAGAAUCACAACCGCCAAUGACGCCACUGAAAAAGCAUUUAAUUAUAGCACAUACUCAGACAUAUUCCUUACGUCCCUUGUAACACCACUUCAGGCGCCCCCAGUGUUCAUCACAGAUGCAGACGAUGCUAAGCAGUCAGAGCAAAGUAAAGAGAAUGAAACAAGGACUGCCUCUGGUGUCCGGUUGCAACCUGCAGCUCUCUUGGCCCGUGCUUCUCAAAAGAAGCGGGCAGAUGCAUCCACAACUGGUCAGUGGACUUCCCUAGGAAGGUUAGUCAUUACCAAUAACGCCAUUCUACGUGCAGUGAUCUAUUGCGACUUUUUACCGACUAAACUAGUUGAGGGAGGACGCGACCCUUUGGUUUUGCUGAGCAAGGAUCGCUUCUUUACCAUUAUAGACAUAGACAAAACCCUUGUGAGUCAUGAUCUGAUUGUUGUUCACUGUAGAUUCAGAGCAGAGCAGAGCGCCACACCGACCGCCGUUUGCUUCCUUCCACGGCCGCCAUACUAUGUAUCCACAUUGACAGAAGAGGAAAGGAACGCAGAGAUUGAUAAGUUGAAUUCUGAGCAAAACGUUCUAAGCAGAAGCCUUAAGGAGGCGUUGUUCAGCUUACAAUCUGAGGACAGCGGGGCUCUCUGUGCUAAAUAUAGACCGGACUUGCAGCCUAUUGAGCAGCGAAAUCUACUCCUCAUAGCAAACAGUCAUUAUAAGUUUCGUCUUCGAGAAAUAGAGGCUCUUCCUGGAGCCUUAGAGCUAUCGAAUCGAACCGUUUUCCCCGCGUCUCUGUUGACCACGGCACCACAGUUGUGCGCAUAUUUUACGGGUGGGUACACUCCGCAAGGACAGCUACCCAAUUCUGCCAUACUGCAGGGUCCGCAAUAUUGUGUCAAUCCCAACCUUGCAGGGCCCUAUCCGCUGCGCCGCACUGUUCUGGCACCGACAUAUGGUCUUCCGAUCAAUAUUCUUAGACACAUCUCGGCCUACAUGAGCGACUCACGACAUGACCUCUCCAGCUGCACACCAAUUCUGCAGACAACUAGCACGGAAGAGAGGUAUAGAUACCGAACACGUUAUGAGACCUUGAACUCUGCUGGUGCAAUCCGUCACAUUGCGCAGUACAUAGCGUUUGCCACACCUCGCAAGGUCAUCGGGCUCAUGCGUACUCCUCUUGAUGGAGCAUCACACAGGUACAUGGGUCUGAUUGGCCAUGCAGGAGAGGUAUUGAGUCUCGACGUGUGCUUCUGCUUUAGUCCCGGCUUGGACGCGGGGAAUACCUUCUUAGUGAGUGCAGGGUCUACCGACUUUGCCCUGUUCCUAUGGGGGGUUGACUAUCCUACUUUUGACCUAAUGAUAGAUAGUACGGUGACCGUGUCAUCGACUGGGCAGCAAAGUGGGCCGAUUACUGGCCCAACUGCCACCGACUUCGCCUCAUUCGAUCCUUUCACAGCGCAGCUAGAGGGCGGCCCAACUGGCCAAUUCUACGCAGAAAUUCAGGACUACUUUAGCUAUGCACAGAUCAACGAUUCAGAAGAAAAAGGCAUCACUCCCAAAGAAGACGCUCGUGCUCCUGUGAGCAUGCUCGACGAAAUACUACGGGCUCUGGGCGUCUUCAUAUCCAACUCGGCAAUGGUGGAUGCCAAGGGGGAGAUCAUCGAGGAAGCUAUUCGUGCCGCCCGUCUGCGGUUCUUCCUCUCUCGGUUACGUGCUGCACUGAAAGAAGGCAAGCCCCCAAUUUUGGUUGAAGCCACGGCAUUCGGCUAUAACCCUCUAGAAGACUCUAACCAGGAGACCAGAGUCAUGAGCGAGAUGAGUCUAUAUGAGCAAAGCGAGUCCGGUCUGUGGGAGCUUGUUGGCGCCGAUGACGUGACCCUGUCCUUACAAGAGUUCGUUAGGAUCCUGGUCAAUCACCGUCCGGUUUUGCCAUAUAAAAUGGAGGACAUCGUCCGUGCAUUCACUGUCUUUGGGGCAGAUGAAGCUGUUGGUGUCCUAGACAAGGCAACAUUGAUUAACGCUCUCGUAAACAACGGAGAGAGCUUUUCAGGUGGUGAGCUGAUGGAUGCAUUGAGUAUUCUUGCCGGGGGAGGCACAUCCAGCGAUACUUUGAUGGGCGCUGGGGGGCUGCUGCCCGAUCAGGUCUCUGUCAUCGACUUUGCCAACACUAUUCUAGGCUUCGAGACUGACCAGCAAUCUGAAGGGAGGUCGAUGGUACAGGAAGUCGAGGGGGGCGACUAG